GGCCUCUGCAACGAAGCUAGCGUGGCCUACCGAAUACAAGUUUUAAACAAAGUGUGUUUACGGUGUGGAGUGUUAACAUUACCUGCUCGACUGUUGAUCGAACACUUUUUUUUUAUAGAAAGAAUGUAUGAAGUGUGACAAGAGUUUCUAUAUGGAAUGUGAAGGAACAUGGCAGAACUAGUACCUUCUAACAUGUCGUGUGUACCAUUGAAAAAAGAGAAUACAGACAACAAACAUUCUGAAAAUUUUAGCAGCAGUACUUCAGGGUGCAGUGAAAACAAUGUUAGUUGUCAGACAUUAAAUAAAUGUCUAAAAGAUGCUUCGGAGAAGAUUAUUGCCAUUCAGAAUAACAUUCAACCAGCAUCAGAAAUAUCUCCAUCACUGAGCCAAGAUUUUGGAGUUGCAGACAAAAAAUCAGUGCCUAUUUUGGAUCAUGGUAAAGAAAAAAGAGUUUUACAGAAAGCCACUCUGAAUUCAAUUGAGGUACCUCAUGACAAGAAGAACAAGGAGGCAAUUAAUGCUAAUUGUAGUAACAGUACUGGAGAUGUAAGUAGCUCCAAGACCCAGCAAGAUUCAAUACACCAACAGGCUCAGAGACUUUUGGUCAGAAAUCACCCAGUAGCAAGUAAUUCCUUUGCAUCAAGUUCUAUAAAAAGUGUCAUAAAAGAGAACUCAUGCAGUAGCUCAACUGAAUCAAAGAGUGUUGAUAGUUCUCCAAAUCUACCUUCUGCUUCAUUUGUUGAAAACAAUUCUGCUUCUCAAAGCAUGGAUGGCUACAAUUUCAGAAACAGAUAUAAAGAAAAAGAAAAAUGUUCAAAGCAGAAGGAAAAUGGAGACUUACCACUAGGCAUUGAGGUUGCAGAUGCUUACGAACAGCUUGUUCAUGGGAAAGAGGGCUCACCAAAAUCUGUCAAUGUUGCAGCUAGAAAAUUACUCUCAGAACACUCGGAAUGUAGAGUUCCAGAGUAUUUUCAAAAAACAUUGAAAAAAGACAGGCCUGUGGAAAGUAGCCCUAAAUUACCAAUACCUCGGAGUGAUUUUAGAGGGCCAGUGAAUAUCAGUCUUAAAGAUAAAGACUACAUGAAGAAUACUGUAAAACCAACUGUUGCACCAUGUACUCAAUUCUUAAGAGAAGUCACUAUGGACUACAAUGUUCUAAGUAAUGCACCUGCAUCUGUAGUGACAAUAAAUAAAGAUGGAACUGAGCAAGAAUCUGUUUCAGGACAAAAAGGUAAUGGGAAAAAGUCUCAAACAAAAGCAUGUAUAACUGAAAUUGAGAAGAAUUUCAGUGCAUUAGCAGAUACCGAAGAUGCACCUCCAGUUCUGACUUCAUCGUCAGUCGAGAAACUAAAGAAAGUACCAGAGCCUGUUAAACCUCAUCAAACAGCCCGGAAAAGCUGUGCUUUUGGUAUUUCUAAGAAGGCAAGUACUCGUAAAAGUAUCAGCAGCGUCUCUGAUAAAAAGGAACCUAAAUUGGAGAAAGUAAACUCCAUGGAAGUUGUUAGUGAAUCAAAAACUGUUUUGAAUCCUGUGUUGUAUGCAAAAAGUGGUAAACCUCACAGUUCAAAUGAUUCUAAGUAUUCCGAUAAAGAUUCAGAUAUUUCUGGAAAGGAAGAUACACAUACACCACCGUCGGGCUUUAAAUUAACUGCUCGUAAAACAUUACCGAAAACCCAAUCUCCUCGUCUUAAAAAUAGUAAGCUUCAUAGUUCAAAUGAUUCUAAGAAUUCCGAUAAAAAUUCAGAUAUUUCUGGUAAGGAAGAUACACAUACACCACCAUCAGGCAUCAAAUUAACUGCUCGUAAAACAUUACCAAAAACCCCAUCUCCUCGUCUUCAUCAUAAUUACUUUAAAGCCAGAAAAUCGGUUCCCUCUUCAUUUAAGAAGAAACUGGCAAAUGAUGAACCAAAGACCUACAAGAUGGCUGAAUUCACUCUAAAAUCUGCAUCACAAAAAUCAAGUAAACCUGUUCAAAAUGGUGCAUGUUUAGUAGCUAAUAGUACAACAGCUUCCACCCCAAGACUAACAGUAUCUGCCUUGUGUAACAAAAAUACAUUGUCGGGCAAUAUUACAUCAAAAACAAUUAUGGUGUCACAAGUUCCUGGAAAAGCACAACAAACUUUUGUUCUCAAUACUCUGCCAGUGUCGACAGAAGUUAAGAAUGAAACAAUAAAAGGUAGUUGCUUGCAUGCUGCAUCUACACAAUUAUUGCCAAAAUCUACUAGAAAUGGUUUGGUUACAAACUAUGUUCUGUUUCCUAUCUCAACACAAAAAGAUUGUCAGAAGAACACAUCAUCUGCAAGAGUGUCAGCCAAGUUACAGGAUCCAGCAGUCGUUUCAACUCAAGAAAAUCAACUACAUUUAUCUGAAAGAAGUGAUAUAAGUGUACAGAAAAACAGUUUAGUUGGCAAGCAGAAAAUGUCUGUUAAACCAGCAAACAAUGUGUUAAAAAAAAAUUCAAGAAAGGGAGUUGACAUCAGAAGGGGCAAAAGAAAACGCAAGGCACCUCGUAGAUUUCAGUCAAGUCAAUCAAGCGAUGACGAAAGUCCACAGGUUUCAAGGAAGAGGCGGUUAGUAAAUCGCAGGAGAGGUACUAUAAAUAGGAUAAAUUCUACUCAAGGAAGAAAAUCUACUAGAGCUAAGGCAUUGCGAUGUAAACUAUUAUUUAAAAAUAAGAAUAUUGACAAGAUUCAUGAUAAACAAAAGCUUAACCAUGAACAAGAAAAUUUGUUGGCUGAAAACACAGACUCAAAGCUGAUUCCACCACCAAAAUCUAACCAACAACUGAAAUGUGUCAAAUCUUCUAAAGCAAAUCUUCUCAUCCCUGCUGAAAUAGUAAAAGGAAGAACAGUAAAUGAACUGCUAACUAUAGUUGAGUCCAAUAGUUCUUUAAAAAAUGGAGAACGACCUCUCAGCAUAUUGCUUUCAGCCUCUUCAGCAGUUACUAACCUCUUAAGUCCAACUAGUACGUAUUCUCAAAGGCACCUCCAACUACAGUCGGUGGCGCCUAUACUUCUGCCAGUUACUACAUCAGUUACAUCUGAUAAGGUGUGUCUUCUUCGUAACACUGACAAUAUUACCAAGACUGCUGUUAAAGAUACAUUAGUUGAUAAACUGGUUCCUAGCGAAAAAGUCAGUGAAAACCCUGAAAUAAUUGUGAAGUCCGUGUCAGACACCAAAUCACAUGAACAUGCAGGAUCAGUAGUGAGCUCAAAUGUAAAUACUGUCACUUAUCAAUCAUCACAAGGAAAAAGCUCAACAUCAGUUGUCAAUCAAACUAAAAAUCAUUCAGAUAGCAAAUCUAGUGAACAAAAGUCAAGUCCAAAUGUUGAAAAUAUAUGUUCUGAGAAGAGCAUAGAGAAUAUUGUAGAGAUCCAGAACCUUAAAAGUAAUCCCACUACUAAAAAUACAAACGAUAUUUUAAUGCAAAAGGAACAUGUAAAAGAAAGAACUGGUGUAUCUUCUAAACAACCGGAUAGCACAUACUCUAAUUUAUCUACCAUAAAACAAGAAGUUGUUCGGGGAAAUCAUACUGAUUUGGCCAGCAGUAAUUUUGACAUACAAUCUACAAGUAAUUCACCUUGCACUGGUACUGACACUGUUAAACCUAAUGCACCUGCAUUUGCUGAAUCUAUGCUUAUUUCAAGUGAUUCCAUUUCUGACCAAGAGAAAAGUAAUCGAAGGAUCCCAGAAAAUAAUAAAGAAUCUAAUUCUCCGCAGAAUAGUCAUGAGAACAAUGCUGCAGAAACAUCUGUUAAUUGUGUGGUAUCCAGUAACACAAUUGAAAAUAAAGGUGGGAUUAAUGGUUCUCUGGAGGUUGUCUCAGAGGUGUCAGGCUGUGAGAAUAAUGUCAAAGAGAAGUGCAUCACAGUCAAUCCCUCAGAAGAGAUUAUAGAAAACUAUAUUGAACUGAAUAAUUCAGAUGAUAUUAAGAAUAAUGAUGUUACCGAGAAUGUUGUUGCAAAUGACAAUAUGCUAGUAGAUUUAAAUGAAGGCAUCUCAAAACCUGUAAAAGACAAUGCUUCUGCUGAAGAUGCCUUCAAAAUUGAACCUUCAUCAGAAUGUGAGCUUCGAAAGAGUGAUGUUCCAGAAGGGGGUUUAAGGAAAAAAUUGUACUACAAACAGAGAAGGAAACGCAAGUUAAGUAGCCUGACGCAUGCCCAUUUGAUGAGAAGAAAAAAGAAUAAAAAACAAAGACUAAAUUUGGAAGCUAUGGAAUCUGAUCAAAGUGAGAAUGCAAGCGAGGUUUCUGGUGACUUCUCACCCAGUCUAGCUUCUAGUAGUCGCUCUAAUAGUGUAUCAACUUUGGGUAGUCUAGAUGACUACAAAAGCUCAAAUGGUACUGGAAAUGCCACAAGAAAGAAAGAUCUAAAGGCCAAGCCUGCUAUGUGUUGCUGUCAGAUUGAGAGACAACCUAGUGGAACAUACCCGGCCACAUGUCAGGCUAUUGAAUAUAUCGAUGGAGGGCUACUAUUGUGUGAAAAGGAAGCGGACAGUUCAGUUUUGUUUCAACCUUCUUUAGGAGUUGCUUCCAGAGUUCUUUGUAAAAGCCACAGGAAGAAAGCGUCUGGCCACGGUUGGUGUCCUGGAUGUGGUUGCUUCUGCUCAAUGGGAACGUUUAUGGAGUGUCGUCGAGACCACACUCGUCACCACUUCCACAGUGAGUGCAUUGGAGAGAUCAGUGACAUACUCUACUGCCCUCAUUGUGGAGAGGAUGCAUCUCGAGCGCACAAAGUCACCAAUGUGGUUCCAGAAGAUCUUGCUUUGAUCACUCCUGCAGAGCUGCAAUCGAGAUUUCACUUCAAAUUACCCAGUGCAUUAUUAGAAACAGUCGAUGACCAUGAGGCUUCGCCCAUGGAUGAACAACAAUAUCAAAGUACUAAUAAAAAGGCAAGAAUGGGAGGAACACAAAUGAAUUUAAAGAGAGAAUUUGAAGACAAACAACAAGAUAUUAUGAACUGCUAUUCUGUUAAAUUAAAAAAUGGAAACACGAUAAACCCAGGUUUGCUUCCACCUGGACCAACGAGAAAGACAUUGACUACUGCUCUCAAGUGUAUCAACACCUUCAAAUCAAGAAGACUUGGAUUUUCACCGAAGAACCUUUAUAUACCAGCAUUACAAGGAGAUCUGAUGAAAGUCAUUGCCUUGUUAGUUGAGGGGUUUGACCCAAAUCACCGCUUUCCCGAGCACAAUCAUGAAACGGCGAUGCAUGCUGCUGCCAACAGGGGUCAUCUUGCGAUCUUGUACAUGUUACUGCAGGCCGGAGGAAACUGUAACACCAAGGAUGAGGACACUCAGACACCGCUGAUGUGCGCUGCAUCCAGUCAGCAACUGGAAUGCAUCAGACAUCUGGUUUCUCAUGGUGCAGAUGUUACUUGCAAGGAUGAUGAAGGUACUGCAGCCUUGCAUAUAGCAGCAAAAGAUGGCUUCAUAGAAGGUGUUCGCUACCUCACUUCAGUAGACGACACAGAUAUAAACAUUCAGGAUGAUGGUGGCUGGACUCCACUAGUCUGGGCAGCAGAGGCUAGACAUGUUGAUGUUGUUCAAUAUUUGCUUGAAAGGGGCUGUGAUCCAAAUAUUAGGGAUAAGGAAGGCAACUCAGGACUUCAUUGGGCAGCCUAUGCUGGGGCCCAGCAAAUCAUCAAACUCUUCAUUGAAAGGAAUUGUGAUGUGAACGCUGUCAACCACAAUGGAGACACACCACUACAUAUUGCUGCAAGAGAGGAUAGAUACGAAAGUGUUGUAACACUGUUAAUGCGAGAAGCAAAUACACUUUUAAAGAACCGUGAAGAAGACACGCCACUCGAUUGCUGCAAUCCAAAAUCUAAUGUGUAUCUUGCGCUACAAGUCAAUCAAAAGCUGCGGCAAGCAGCCAGCCUACGGACUUUGCGGACAGAACGCAUCUUGUCCAAGGAUAUAUCACGUGGACGGGAAGCACGGCCAAUUCAAGUUGUGAAUGCGGUUGAUGACUUCUCAUUUCCAAAAGAUUUCCUUUACGUGGCGCAUAGUUGUGAGAAAUCGUCACUAAACAUAGAUAGACGCAUCAUACAUAUGAAGGGCUGCAAUUGUGAAGAUGACUGUUCUUUAGAAGAGUGUUUUUGUGCCCAUAGCAGCUCCAAAUGUUGGUACAACAAGGAUGGGAAGCUUGUCGACGAGUUCAACUACCAAGAUCCACCUUUAAUAUUUGAGUGUGGUCGAGCCUGUAGUUGCUGGACGACUUGUAAAAAUCGUGUUGUUCAGCAUGGAAUCCGGUGUCAUCUGCAACUCUUUAGAACCAAUCAAAUGGGCUGGGGCUUGAGGGCGCUUCAGAAGAUUCCAAAGGGAACAUUUGUAUGCGAGUAUGCAGGUGAAUUGAUUUCAGAUGCGGAAGCUGAUAGAAGACAAGAUGAUUCCUACCUCUUUGAUUUAGAUAAUAGAGAAGGGGAUGUCUAUUGUAUUGAUGCACGUUACUAUGGCAAUAUAAGUCGGUUCAUCAACCAUCUUUGUGAGCCGAAUAUCGUUCCAGUAAGGAUUUUUGUCGAUCACCACGAUCUGAGGUUUCCUCGUAUCGUGUUCUUUACCUCACGAGACGUCAACGCCUAUGAAGAAUUAGGGUUUGAUUACGGUGAUAAAUUCUGGGCAAUCAAAUCCAAGUAUUUUAACUGUUGCUGCGGUUCACCAUACUGUAAACACCCUUUGCCACAACCGGAUAUAGAUGUGGAUGAUGUUGACGAAGAAGAGGAGGAGAUUGUAGUCGAUUAACUACUGUAUGCUAAUUUGUUAUUGUACAUAAGGUUUUUAAUUAGUUAAAUAUUGAAUGAAGUUGCACACAGAUGGUAAUAUAAACAAUUUGAGACCAUUUUAAAGAAUUUUUAUUUUUAGCAGACACUUGCUAUUGUGAAAAAUAAUUAUAUAAAUACAUUAUUUUAUCAGUGUCAGUUUAUAAGAACAUAAGACUCCAAGUUGUGACAUGGUGUCAGUAAAGAAACUCAUUUUUUUUUUUUCAAAUAUUCAUAUAUAUACAGUAUACAUUUUUGUAGAUAAUUUGGUCUUGUCAAUUUUACAAAUAUCCUAAACUUGUCUAUUUCAAAACUGUAGUGAAAAUCACAUGUUUCUAUUAUGUUAUGUUAAUGUUAUGUUUAACAUUGUACAGACAUUACAGUAAUAUACACAGCAUUUAUAAAUUAAUGUAGUUGCCAUUGUAUUAAUAAUUUUAUGCUACCAUUUUGAAUGAGAUGUGCAUUUGCAAUGUGCAGUAUUGUUUUUUAACGCCAUAAUAAUACCAUGUACUGGGUGCAUAUUUUCAAUGAUUCAUUUGUAAAAAAUGGAUAAAUUUGUGAGAUGUUGAACAAAAUUACUUGUAUGUUUUUCUGUGUGUGUUGUAUAUACAUCAGGAGUACUGUAAUUGUAGCCAGUUAUAUUGUCAUUAUUUUACCAAGAAACUUUCGCAUUGUUUUCAAUAUUUAAAACCCUUCCUAAUUGACGGUAUUUGUAAUGAAAUGGUGACCGAUAUUGGUUGUUUAUAGUGUGUAGUUUUAAAUAUAUUAAUAAGAAAGUGCAUGUGUGUGUGUGUAUGUUAAUGUUUUACGCACAAAGGUAGGAUGUUUAACUAUUAAAUUCUUUUUUAUUGAACAAAUUGUAAAAAUA